AAGAAUGUUUUCAUGGAACAGUUUAUUAUUUAUUAAAUGUCUGUAAACGGCAUGGAAUCAUAAAUAGCAACUUGUCGUUAUAGUGAAGUGCCCAGCAUGGAUGAUGACGUUUCUUUGUCUGACUUAAGUAUAACAGUGAUUUUGUUUCUGAUUGCAGUGUUUCUCACUCCCCUGUUUAUAAUCAUUCGCCUAGCUGUUAAAGUAUGUAACAAAACAUGGUUGGCCGCUGUGUCGGUUUUAUAUCCAGAAGUAGAAUUUGUAAAGACAACGACGAUACGAUCCCUGAUAGAUACUCCACGAAAUCAAGGUAUUGUCGCGGUCCUACUUGAAAUUAAUGGUCCACCAAAUAUAGAAUAUGUACGAAGGCAUGUUCAGGAAGUGGUCAACAGACGCACGAAGACAGGCGAAUUGGCAUUUCCACGAUUGAGACAUUGUCUCGUAACUAAGUGUGGCUACUACGCUUGGAAAAGAACCAAUUUCGAAAUAAAUAACAAUUUAAUGAUUGCCCCUUCAACUUUCAGAGGAAGGACGUUGACUGAACUAAAUUUGCAAGUACAUUUUCAGGAAUACGUCAGCGACGUAGUAUCAAAAUAUUUACCGUCUUCAACGUCUCCUUGGCAAGUCGUUGUAAUACCCGCCGGUGAAAAUCAGCAUUGUAUCCUUUUAAGGAUUCAUCACGUUUUACUUAGCGAAGGGUUAAAUAUUGCUGAUCUUUUGCCGUUGAUUCCACCGGUUCGUCAAGCAGGGGUUCACGAACUUCCAAGUGCGUUCGUAAACGUCUUUAAGAAACCCCGUUACAUCUUGGAGUUGAAAGAGCGCCUACAAGAGGACUUAACGAACAGAUGGAACGAAUUUAUUUACAACCACGAUCCAUUCGAAAAUCCGGAACUGUUCAAAAGGAACCAGGGAAUAUCUGAAUUCAUUUGUCUCACUCUAGUUACAAUAAUGUCCGUAUAUAAAGAAUGCAGAAAAGGUUUUCCCUUGGUUAAAAACGAUGUCUUGUCAAAACUAAAAUACGCCCGUAACGUUUUCAACAGAGAAACGUUAAAACGCGAAAUCAACUUUUACACAUUCAUCAAAGCGUGCAUCAUGACAUUGAAUCCCUUUAACAUAUGCGUAAGGGUUAUUUCGUUCUGGAUAAAUCUGUUGUCUCUUUUUAUAGUGCUUCCCAGACUAGCGGAAAGGGAAUUGAUGGCGAUACACUCAUGUAUUACUCUUCAAUAUUGCGGAUAUCCCAACACGUUGACUAAUUUUCUUUACAGUUACAUCCCUUUAUUUUACAAGUCUUCGAAAGAGAUCGCGUACAAUUUCGGUCUUUUAGUUAAAUAUCCGAAACUACUGUUAAAACUUUUAUUGUCCGAUAUCGAGACGAUUCCGAUCAUUCCGCCGAGCGGGAGGAAAGUGGUCGCUUGGUCGGAGCCAGUAAAGACCGAAUAUAUCACGCAAGUGGCCAAAUCUUUGAACAGAAACGAGACGGAAAUCUUACUGGCCACGGCCAGUGCCUCAAUAGCACGAUACUGCAACCAGGCCGGUCUUCAACAUCCCGAAGAAGUACCGAUUACUGCACGAAACGUCAAUUCGAACUUGAUGUUUCUCAGCGGAAACAAUAUGAAAGUUGAAGAUUGGUUUAAUGGACAGCUGUGCUUCCAAUUACCCGUGCUAAAGAGUAACGACGAAAUUGCGCUCGUCGAAAAUUUGAAGCGAAUAACUGACAAUCUGACUGCAACAAUCAAUCAGCAGCCCAUCACCUAUUUGCUGACUUUGUUGCAAACAAAAUAUGGAUUCAUAACGAACAGCUUGCCGGCCUCGUUCCUCAGAAUUUUACUUAAAUAUUUGUCCAGAAGAUAUACGAUUUCUGUAACGGAAAUUACAAGCUCGUAUCCGAAUACAAAGCAAAAAACUAUUUGGGGCGAAGAAGUGACAAGUGCUAUCUACUGGAGACCACCACAAGCUAAUAUAACCAUCUCCCUGUGUUUCAACCAAUAUGACGAUCACAUAAUUCUUGGGGUGAUGUGCGACGCCCAGUUGAUGCCUAAUCAUCCACUUUUAGCCAGGGACUUUCCCGAAUAUGUUCGAGACGUGGCCGAUCUGGUCGGAUCUUUUCAUUAAUAAAUAAAACAAAAAAUAAACUGUUAUGCUAGUCGUCCAUUAUUUCCGUAGCAAUGGUAAACGCUUUAUCAAUUUUAUAUCUAUUGUAAGUGGAAAGCCUUAUUUUUGCACUUUACUGUUGUAAUUAACACGAACACUCUUCUUUGAAUAAAUUAAGCAAAUUUUGUGUGUUAUCAAAA